CAAAAGAAAAAGUACUAAAUCGAUUCCGGAUGCACUAGACUUGCAUUAAUUUAGACCGGACAUCAUCAAUUUGACGUACCGUGUACUUAACAAUAACAAUGUUGACGUGAAUUACCCAUGCGCGGACCGCCAUAAACCGGUCGAUAAUCAAUUGCCUGAAGAGCACAGGAUAUCUAGAUUCAGGUCUUGUCUCUGUCGAACUACCCCUUCCUAGUGCCCCUACCCUUGGGCGUGCAUCUCGCGGCCCGGCCGGCUCUAUUGAUUUGAGUGCAGUUUGGCGAGCGGGUCAUUCUACCCGGCACUCCAAUGCAGGGCAGUUUCAAGAUCCAGCUCAUCAACAUGGGAACUCGGGCGGCGGCAUUUACAGCAAAAAUCCGCAGCCUUUACGACGCCCAGCUGCGGCUGCAACACAACAUUCAGCCCUUACCACUCGGCACUGACAUUGCCAACACCGUCAAGUACUUCUCACAGACCCUUCUCAGCGUCCUCAAAGAUGUCCCACGGUCACCACUUGAGAUGUUGCGGGAUGCUGACAAUGAUAGCGAGAGAAUGGGUCUGUACCCUAACCUGGACUAUAAGAGCCUGUUCAAUGCGCUCUCGGGGCUCGUUGACUCCACACCACAUCUGCAGUAUGGGACAUUACCAUUCGGGCAAGCCAUCCUCCAAUGCCUGGGCUGCCUGCUCCCGUUCUUGGAGUACGACAUGAUCGACAACCUGCCCUUCCUGGUGGCGUAUUGCGUCGCCAUGUUCCCGGUGGCGUUGCAUCAGGAGAUACUCCAUCUGCUGUCAUAUUACAUCUUGCCGUUUACCAUCACACGCAAAUACGCGGGUAUGGAAGAAGAGAGCCAGGCGUCGCAGUCAGUUGCCGCUAUCAUCAUGAUGGUGUUCCAGCACUCAAGCAAUCCAGCACACCACUGCCAGCUCCUAGAAUGCCUGAUGUCAAUGAAGCAGUCAGUAGUGAAGGACAUACUAUGUGUCAUCGCGUAUGGCACGUGGGGGGCACGGCUGUCGGCUGCCAAGUUGCUGUUCUACUACUGGCCGCCUUUUGAUGCCAAGCUCUUUGAUCGGAAGGGACUGCUGUGCAAGUUUUCUAAUGACCUGGUCCCAUUCCUCUGCCAGCGUGAUAUGUGCCCCAACGCUGGCAGCGCUGAGGCAGCCAAGGUGUGCUACGACCACUGCAUCAGCGUGACCUUCGCGUCUGACAGUCCACCACCACUCUACCUCUGCAUUGAGUGCGCUAAUGAGAUACACAGAGAGCACCCGAAUCAGCGCUUCUUCGAUAUCCUACACCCACAACAACAGGUGUCCAUGGUUUGUGAGAACAAGAACUGUCGGUCUACAGAUAAGGCAGCAUAUUCGAUCUGCUUUUCCAACGAAUGCGCUAGUUACAAUGGGAACCAUCCUAUCAGGUACUGCCAGCAGUGUCACGGCAACCGGCACAACAGCCGACGCGGCGGCGACCACGUGGUUCACACUCGCCUGCCGCUCGCCUGGCAGAUGGACAGCGACAUGCAGACCAACCUCGUCGAGGCCAUCAUUAGCCUCCUAAAAGAAGCCAAGCCCAUCAAUAUGGAAGACCCUGACAGUUCCACCGAGCAACUGAAGCCUCCACUCAGCGUGGACUUGCCAGAUCCCAUCUCUGUUGAAGAUCGACAGCUUUUGGGCAGAUAUGGUGUGUGGCUGAUGGUUGGGCUGUGCACUCCCAACCCUGACACUCCAGACGAGAUCCUGGGGCGUUUGCUGUCCGUGCUGUUCCACUGGUUCCAUGUCACAUCCUUCUCAUAUACAGGCGAAACGGCAAAUACAGUGGAAAAACUAAAAUGGUCUCACGUAUGUGGAUGGGUGCGGGGUAUAGCGGAGACACAUCGCUCGGUACUAGUGGCCUGCCUGCUGCCGCACCCGCCGCACUACACGCGCCAGGCCGGACACUGGGACAACCUCGCUUCCAAGACGCAUCAUCUCAAGGACGGACUGAACAGAUUAUAUUGCUUGAUUCCGUACGGCAUCAUCACCCAGUCAAUCUGGGACUACAUCAUGCCGGCCUGGAUGGAAGCCAUAUGCACUGAUGUGCCGGAGAAGGAGUUGAUGGAGCUGAAAGUACCUCUAGGCAAGAUCCUGGAGCCGGAAGGUGCGAUGGUAGGCGUGGAUGAGAAGAACUUGUACAAGUUCGCUGUACUGAAAGUUACUAACACACCUACACCUGAUACUGUGUUACCUGUGCUUGAGUGGUUCCAGACGAUAUCGAUGCUAGAGGUACGCAUCCCGCUGUCGCAGCUGUUCGACCUGUUCAGCCACUGCGUCGUCAACCUGCCCGAGAAGAUAUUCAAACCGCCUACGCUAGAUGGCUCCAAACCCAAGGACUCGAAGGAUUCUCCGAACAACGACAAGGAGAAGAAGGACAAGGAUGACCAGGUCAAGCCGCAGAAUCUUACCUGCUGCAUACUGAUGCUCGACAUACUCCUCAAACAGAUGGAGCUGCAACAGCGACGCAUCAACAGUCAGAACGUGAGCAGCGAGGCCACCAAGCUGCUGCGGCUGAUGCUCAAGUCCAACCAGACCAACACUAUUGAGCAUGCGGUGUGCCUAGCAGAGGGUGCAUGCUCGUACUGCGAGGCGGCGGCGCUGUGGCACCAGCUGGCCGUGCUGCUGGUGCGGGCGCUGGUUCCUGAUAAACCCGCCCCUGAGCCAUCACUAGAAGACAUGUGGUCCGAACCCUCUUGCCACAAGAAAGCCGCGGAAGAAGAGCGCAGCAAGGGCGUGCCUGCCCCCGGCGGCGUGGAGGCGCUGAUGUCCAUCGCGCAGCCCGCGCUGCCCGACCGCACCGUGGGCGGCGUGCUCGUGCACAUGCCGCAUUUUGUUCAUUUCAUGCAACUCUCUCUCAUAAGCGACGUCGGCUCGGAUGCCACGAUCACUAAAUCUUCGGGCGACACACAAAUAAUGACGGCGACUGUGGAGACGAUCACGGAGCAACUGGACAUGGCUGUGUCUCUGCCGCCACCUGACGCGCCCACGAUGGCGACCGCGCAUACUGUCACGCUGACUGACACUGAUGUGGCUACUGCUACUGCUGAUGUAUCAACCCCAAACCUGCUGGGAGACCACGAGAACAUGGCGGAGUCAGUAGAGGAUGAUAUGACCAACUUCUGGCCGACGUCUGCGGGGAAGUUCCAUUUCUGCAUCGAUGAGUUGCCUCAGGAGUUGCAGUACAUACAUCAGCUGCUACAGGAACUGAAGAGCACGUCUCGUCCCGACGUGCUGUACCACUUACUGCAGUGCCUGCAAGUGCUAGUACUGAGCACGGACGCGCUGGCCGACCACCGCGGCUUCCUCAUCUGGUGCCAGGAGAACCUCCUCAUUGACAACCUAUGGAACGUGUGCAACGCCUGUCACUCGCACAUCUGCUCAGUAGCAGUACCAGUGCUCCUCCACUGCGUGACCCUGGCCGGAGGAGCAGAUGUGUUCUGCAACCUCAUCCGCGACCAGUUCCAUCAUCACGACUAUCAUGUGCGCUUCACUGCUGUUGAGAGAGUCACUAUUAUCAUCAGGUUCAUGGACGGUUCUCCCGUGAAAACCAGCCUGCCGCUACAAACAGCCCUAGCUACGGCGUUCUGCUACCUGAUCUCUAGCAUGGAUGACAUCAAUGUGUACGUGGCACAGCGAGCCACUUUGUACAUCGGCACUGUGCAUGACAAUGCUAUUGAUCUACUCCUCUACUGCUUGGAGACGCAGUUCGACCUGGUGAUAGUAGACCGGCCGAUGAUCUUGCAGUCCAUCUACCAACUGCACAACACCCUCAGUGACCGCAAGAUCCUCACGUGGGAGUUCUUCCUCAAUAGGUUCGAAGCUCUCUUCUUGGAGGCGCAGAUCAAUUCUAAUAAGACUAUCGACUUCUCUAACUUGAGAGAGCUAGUAAGCAGCGAAACAAGUUCAGAGUGGUUCCUAUACAAGGUGCGUCGUGCCCACGAGGCGUUAAGCGUAUCAGCUCGCUCACACAACGUGAACACGCUGAGCGCGUCGUUCGGCACCAAGUGGCCCUACAAGCGGACCAUCUCCGCGCCCGCCACCAUGCUGUAUAUUUCCUCCUCAGAGCGCGAGAAGGUGUACUCCCGUCAGUACUCGGCGCCGCUGCUGAAGCGCAAGACGUCCCGCUUCGGGCUGGGGCAACUGCUGGCCGCGCCGCAGCCGCUCGCCAGCGCGCAGAGGUCUAACAACUCGCAUGAAGACACCCUGACCACUAUACUACCGAAGGCAGUUGAUCUCGAGGAGGCAGACAGAGAGACCACGAACCUGCUGGUCUUUCUGCUCAUGCAGUUCUUGUCCAGGUCUGAUCAAGCGCACCCAUUGGAAGAUAAGCAGUCGUCCAAAACGCAAGAGUUGGUGUUAAAACAUCUAUUCCUCUUGUUAGGAUACAACUGUGUAGAGAAGUACUUCCAUAUAUCGCCAUUCACGUUACGGCAAUCGUCGAUCUUCAACGCGUUCAUGGCGAACCUGCCGCAAGUGCUGGAUCAGAACCAUGUCAUGGGAGCCAGUAUUGCUGAACCUACGCUGCUACUUUUGCAGUACUGUUGCGGCGCGGGCAGUAGCGCCUGCAGCCCCGCCAGCACGCACUCAUUGGCGGCCCUGGAGCCCCACGUUAGGCGCCACUGGCUUAUGGCGCUACUCGUCGUGUUGUAUAAGUACCACUACGGCGCAGGCAGCGUAUGUGCGAUGGUGCAGUCACUGGUGCGCGUGGUGCUGAACACGGUGGAGGCGCAGUACCACCAGUGCAAGCGCAUCCCGCCCAUGAUCGUCAUGCCGCACUCCGCUAGAGCUAGAGACCUGAGCCAGCCGUCUCUAAAGACGGAGCACGAGCCGGGCCCGGCGCCGGGCAGCGCGGGCAGCGGCGGCGAGCGCGGCAGCAGCCCGCUGCCGCUGGACCGCGCCAAGCCCAAGCUGCACCACAAGUCGCCCGCGCACAUGCACACGCACUGGGAGGAGCCCGCCAAGACUAACAAGUACCAGCAGUGGAGUUUGGAGCAGGAGUCUUCGGAAAGCGAGCUGAUCGCCAUCCCGGAGACCAGCGACAAGUCCGACACUACCGUCCACGGGAGCACGGCACCGGGUUCAUUCGACGAGCCGUCACAUUACGAGGACCCCCCAAAGGUAGAGACGCCCGCCACUACUAGCGCUUACCCGCAGCUCAGUAAAAUCCCUACCCUGGGAUCCCGUUCAGCACACCAGCUGUCCACCAGCUCAUCGGUAUCUAUAGGCAGUGACUCCUCUAACCUCAAAUCGACGCCAAUGAGCGGCCAGUCAGUAGAGAUCUGGCCAGAUCAGAUUCACCAGCAAACGUCUCCACGCGCCAAGAUUCUGGGCAAACAGAAGAGAAUCAUUGUGGGCAGCAGUACUUCUCCCGACACGGCUCCAUCAUCAAACGGUGACGGUCAGUUCGGGCAGUGGCCCAAUGCGCGCUCACCCCCACAACACCAUAUCAAGAGUCCAGCCAAGACCGUGGGGUAUGCGUACGCGUCGCCGGAGUCGCCGCUGUCCAAGAUGGAGGUCGCGUGGAACAACCCGCCGCCGGCCAUGCAGCAGCACUCGCAUCAGCCCUUCAAUAUACCGCCGCCUGAGAGGUUAUUGCCCAUCGGUCCGAAACCCAACAAGGAGCAGUAUCCAGUGUUCAACGCUCUGGUGGACCGAGUGAGAGAGGCAUUGAGUCUACCACCAGACGACUCAACGGACAAUACACCUUCGUCCCGGUCGGAGGGUGACGUCACACCCACUCCUACCCCCUCCAGUAGGCCUCAUGACUUGAAUAAGAAGCCUUCUACUGAGACUAACAGGUCACCACGGCGUUUAGCGCGGCAAGUAGCACAGACUGGCUCCCCUCCGCAUCAACACAAUACAGAGUGCGUGGGGUGCGGCGGCUGCGGCGGCUGGUGGGAGGGCGAGUCGCGCGCCGGCCAGCGAGCCGCGCACGCGCACUCCGCGCCGCACAGGCCCGACGCUGAGCUCUGCUACCGCUGUGCAGAAUGUGGCACAGCAGUGGAGCAAUACAGUGACGAGGAGUUGGGGCUGUGCAUCAUAGUGCUGGCCACGUUCGUGCACCGGGAGCCGGCGGCCGCGGCAGGCAUGCUGCCAGCACUGCUGCAUAAUGUUAGCAGGGUGGUACAACUAGGCAACUACUCGUGGCAGGCGGAGACGAACACCCGGCUGCCCGGCAGCGCCGUGUUCGUGGCGCAUCAGUUCCUGCGCUGUGUGCUGCAUCAGCUCGCGCCCAACAACGUCUUCCUGCAGAUAUUCCUGCAGAGAACUCCAGAAAAACAGCGUCAGAUGUUCUUCAAGAGCAUCGCACAGGCGUUCGUGGACUUCAACGAGCUGUACCCGUGCGGACCGCUGCAGCUAGUGGUUGAACAUCUCAACUCUAAGAAAACUUUGCCGGUUGAUCAAAUAACAGUGAUAGCGGGCAACAUCGCAAUGUACCUCGAGUGCUUAGCUCCCGAAGCGCUGGGUCCUCUCUCCGCGUGUGCAGCACUAGUGCAGCAGUUAGAAGCACUACUGCGUUCAGCUGCACUGCUGCUGCCGCAGAUAGACGAUGUGCUGCCGCUGCUACGUGCUGCCACUGCCGCGCUCAAGAUACCUGCUGCCGCACAACAUAAGAGCAUCCUGGAACCAAUCACGAAGAUCAUCAGCUACGGCGUCCAGAACUUCGUGCUGAAGCUGUCGGUGAUCUCCGAGCUGAGCGCAGCCUGCACGCGCGUGUUCGGCCGCGACCGCGACAAGCUGCUCGUGUGCCGCGUGCUCGUGUUCGAGCUCGUGCAGGCGCUGCGGACCAAGACCACCAUCCCUGAUGAUAACCUCUUCAUACUGAUACAGUUCGUGCUGCAAGGUCACGGCUGCCGCCUAGUGCUACCGGGAGCCCUAUGCGGCGGCGAGCUGUCCGCCAGCGGGGAUGCGCGGGACGUGGCGGCCGGCGCCGUGGACUGCAUGCGCCCGCACCUGCCCGACAUGAUCGACCUGCUGCAUGACCCGCAUCUGCUUAAUAAGAUUAAGGGUUCAGUCUCCAAGUCAAUCGUGAACCGCAACCUGAUCUGCUUGAACGAGGACACACUCGGCGCCAUCGUGAAGGGCGGCAUAGCUCAGUACGUGGCUAUGGAGCUGGCGCUGGAACAUGCUCGAGCUCGCCAGGACAGGCCGCAGCCGCCACGGCAUAUGACUCCGUGGCUUAGUGCUUCAUUACCUGGUUCCCGCGAAGUAUGCGAGUGUGUAACCCGCGUCCGGCUCAUCUCGUGGCUGGUGAUGGGCGCCCUGUGCAACAGCCGCACGCAUCAGCUGCAGCCGCAUGCACCGCACAUGCACCAGCCUGUACCUCAGGAUGCCACUUGCCACAUCACUGACUAUAUACAGACCAUAAUGUCAUCAUACGUGGAACAAUCAAAGCCAGCAGCUCUGCGCAUGUCUGCCCUCCUACACGCCUUCGUGCUGUGUCAGCUGUGGACCUUAUACCUGGAGCAGCUGGCAGCAGCCGCCCCCCCCUGCAGCGAGCCGCACAACACCACCACCUGCAUCCUGCUGGACUUCUGGUGUAAACUCGUGCCUAGUAUACUGCAGGUCACCGUGCAGUCUAAAGUGUUGGCGGAGACAGUGAACUUACACUUUCUGAGCCUGUUGGAGUCGCUGCUGGAGUGCAACUCUACGGUACUCAACAAGCUGCUGCCGCUUUGGACUCCUAUACUGCACUCGCCGUUAUUCAAUAUGCCGCGUCACGUGUGGCAGCGCCUGGCCGCGUGCCGCGCGCGGGCGCCGGCGUGGGGGCGCGGCGACGCGCACGGCGCGGCGGGCGCUGCCGCUCAGCGCCGCCUGCACCGACUGCUGGCUAAGAUGGCACAGUUGGAGCUACAACCGCACUCUUUCUACUUCAUAUAA